GUACAAUCUAAAGUGGACUGCAUUUUGCAAGAAGUUGAGAAGUUUACAGACCUAGAGAAACUCUACCUCUACCUUCAGCUGCCUUCGGGUCCCAACAAUGGAGACAAAAGCGAUCAGAUCUCCAUGUCGUCCAGCCGUGCCCAGCAGAUGCACGCCUUCUCGUGGAUACGGAACACCUUGGAAGAGCACCCCGAGACAUCCCUUCCCAAGCAGGAGGUUUAUGAUGAAUACAAGAGCUAUUGUGACAAUCUUGGCUACCACCCAUUAAGUGCUGCUGACUUUGGAAAGAUCAUGAAAAAUGUCUUUCCAAAUAUGAAGGCCCGUCGUCUAGGCACAAGAGGCAAAUCAAAAUAUUGCUACAGUGGACUGAGGAAGAAGGCUUUUGUGCAUAUGCCAACACUGCCCAACCUUGACUUUCAUAAAACUGGAGAUGGGUUGGAUGGGGCAGAGCCAUCUGGGCAGCUGCAAAGUGCUGAUGAGGAAGUCGUCUCUGCGGCCUGCCGGCUUGUUUGUGAAUGGGCCCAGAAAGUGCUGAGCCAGCCUUUUGAUACAGUCCUGGAACUGGCUCGUUUCCUUGUGAAAAGUCACUAUAUCGGUACCAAGUCGAUGGCAGCUUUAACAGUAAUGGCAGGAGCACCAGCAGGAAUAAAAGGGAUCCCCCAGCCCUCAGCUUUUAUACCUACUGCUGAAAGUAAUUCCUUUCAACCGCAAGUGAAAACUCUGCCAUCUCCUGUCGAUGCCAAGCAGCAGCUGCAGCGUAAGAUCCAGAAGAAGCAGCAAGAACAGAAACUGCAGUCUCCUCUGCCAGGGGAGUCUCCAGCAAAGAAAACAGAAGGCACCGCCACCAACGGCGUGACCAGUAUAUCUAAUGGAAGUCCUGCCAUUCUGUCUCCUCCGCCUAUUGGCAUUGUUGUGGCAGCUGUCCCCAGCCCGAUACCGGUGCCAAGGACUAGGCAGCUGGUGACGUCUCCAAGCCCUAUCGGAUCGUCUGAUAGCAAGGUCCUGCCGCUCAACGUUCAGGUGGUCACUCAGCACAUGCAAUCAGUCAAGCAGCCACCAAAGACUCCCCAGAACGUUCCCGCCAGCCCGGUUGGUGACCGCUCUGCCCGGCAUCGCUACCCGCAGAUCUUGCCGAAACCAGCAAACACCAGUGCUCUCACCAUCCGCUCUCCCACAACGGUGCUCUUCACCAGUAGCCCAAUCAAGACUGUUGUGCCAGCUCCACACGUGAAUUCCUUAAAUGUGGUAAAAAUGACAGCAAUAUCUCUUGCCCCAAGCAGCAGUAGUGUGCCCGUCAAACAGACGCCUUCAGGUAGCGGUAGUGCAGGAGCAGUGGAAGAAGGGAGGACUGGUCCACAGAUCAAAAACGGAUCUGUUGUUUCACUUCAGUCUCCAGGAUCCAAGCCUAGCACUGUCGUAGCUGCGCCUGCGGUCAAGGUCAAAAUGGAACCUGAAGCAUUGCUGGAUGAGAACUCAGUACAGGGCCAAGAGAGCUCUGAUGUGUCUAAAUCUCUAAAGGCAACCCCUGACCUGCCUCCUGCUCAACUAAUUAAUUUUGAGGUUGCAACCUUGAAGGUUUCAGCAGAUGAUGUUGUGGAGACAAAACCAGAUAAGGGCUGUGACCAGGGAGCUGAAGAGGCAGGGACCAAAUAUAAAACACAAUCUGAUGAGAUCACACCAGUUUCUUCAGCAGGCAAUAAUCAAAGCACUAUAAAGCUCUCAGUUGCCAGUCAAAACUUGUCCAGCACCAGCAUUGGUUCACCUCCUACUGGUGAGUCUACAAUUAAAGACAAAACAUGCACUAAAAGUCCAAGAAAGCGACAACCUUCUGCACUUCAGGAUUCCCAGGUACCACCUGUAAAGAAACCACUGGUGGAGCAGCUUUCAGCUGGUAAUGCUGUGGAGGGUCAAAAAGCAACCAGUGUUAAGAAGUCUCCGAAGGCUGGAUCAUUAGCUAACAGUGACAAUACAGCAACACUUGCUCAAGUUCCCAGCAACAUACCUGUGAAGGUACCUGUACCUUCUGCAGCUGCAGCAAACUUAGCAACAGACUUUUCUUUGAGCACCAAUUUAAAUACCAGUGAUUCUGCUUUAGUACAGCAGCUUGCAUCAGCAUCAUCUCCAGAUAUAAAAGUAAAAUUGGAAGGAAACUUGUUUAUCAUAGAAAAUGAUUCGAAAUCUGAUGGCAGCUUUAACCCAAAUACAUGGCACCAUAUCACCAAAACCUCCGACUUCGCAUCUGUGAAUUGUGAACAGCAGCAAGACAUCAGUGUUAUGACCAUUGCAGGGCACUCUGGCUCUAGUGACUUGCAGGAGUCGUCGUGGGAGCCAGUGGACUGUGAAGGUAUGCAGCAGGAUGUGUACAACCAGCAGUUACAGAGCCAGAUUCAGGACUCCUCCUUGGGUCAGAUACAAGCACAGUCUUCAAAUCAGUUACCUCUGCAGUCGGAGCUGAAAGAGUUUGAACAUACAGUCCCGCAGUCAAAUGACAACUUCUUUUCGUUUGAGGAUGACCUUACCCAGGACAGCAUCGUGGAGGAGCUGGUGCUCAUGGAGGAGCAGAUGUCCAUGAAUAAUUCCCAUCCUUACGGUGGCUGUCUAGGAAUGGCCCUUCAGAGUCAGACUGCCGCUCCAGGAGCUCCCGUGUCAUCUCAUCCGAGCAGCACGCACUUCUACCAUUCGAUCCAUAACAACAGCACUCCAAUUCACACUCCUACCCCCACCCCGACCCCGACUCCCACCCCGACCCCGACUCCAACACCCACCUCCGAAAUGAUCGCUGGGUCUCAGAACAUGUCCCGAGAGAGCCCCUGUUCGAGGCUGGCUCAGACGACUCCUGUGGACAGUGCUCUGGGCAGCAGCCGCCAUACGCCCAUCGGCACGCCGCAUUCGAACAUGGCUACCCAUCCUGACAAAACCAAGCUGGAGUGGAUGAAUAAUGGCUACAGCGGCGUUAGCAACUCCUCUGUUGCAAACCACGGCAUCCUUACGAGCUAUCAGGAGCUGGUGGAAGACCGCUUCAGGAAGCCUCAUGCUUUUGCAGUUCCUGGCCAGUCAUACCAGUCCCAGCCCCGCCACCACGAUACUCACUUUGGCCGCGUGACUCCUGUUUCACCCGUGCAGCACCAGGCAGCUCCUGUCAGCAGCACCACCAAGCAAGAGGGCUUUGCUGUUCCUGCUCCUUUGGACAACAAAGGAACCGGUUCCUCUCUCAACAACAGUCUGAGAUGCCGGAGCGUGAGCCCUGCUGUCCAUCGCCAGCGGAACCUCAGUGGGAGCACCGUUUACCCUGUUUCAAAUAUACCACGCUCUAACCUGACACCUUUUGGAAGUCCAGUGACUCCUGAAGUCCACAAUGUAUUUGCUAACAUCCAUGCAGACACCAGUGCCAAUAACAUAGCGCAAAGAAGCCAGUCAGUCCCGUUGACUGUGAUGAUGCAGACGGCCUUCCCGUCUCUUCAGAAACAAACAAACACUAAAAAAAUAACCAAUGUGUUGUUAAACAAACUUGAUUCUGAUAGUGAUGAUGCAGUGAGAGGUUUGGGAAUGAACAACAUGCCCUCAAAUUACACAGCCAGGAUGAAUCUCACUCAGAUUUUAGAGACGUCCGCCGCUUUCCCUAGUGCCAACCCGCAAAACAUGAUCAAUUCCAGCACUUCGGUUUAUGAAUUCCAAACACCAAAUUACCUCACAAAAAACAGCAGCACCGAUCAGAUCAGUUUUUCUUCUGGAGAAAACCAAGCACAAUCAGACAUCGGAGAGCAGCAGUUAGAUUUUAGCAGCGCUGUAAAAGACAUUUUAGGGGAGGACAGUCUGCCAACAAACCAGCAGCUGGUGAAUCAGGUGGCAUCAGAUCUCAAUAACGUUGCAUCUGUCUUUUCCAGCGACAUCAGGUUGUCUUCCGAGCUCUCAGGCAGCAUUAACGAUCUGAAUACUUUAGACACAAAUCUACUGUUUGAUCCAGGUCGUCAGCAGGGACAAGACGAUGAUGCUACACUGGAGGAAUUAAAAAACGACCCCUUGUUUCAACAAAUCUGCAAUGAAUCCAUUAACUCGAUGACUGCAUCAGGAUUUGAGUGGAUGGAGAGCAAGGAUCAUCCUGCUGUUGAAAUGUUGGGUUAAUCUUGUUUUAUAAUAUGUAUGUAGCACACUGUAUCUAAGAGACAGACGUAUUGUAUUUGUCUUAAUGGAAGUGCCUCCCGCAGCAGAAACACUUGCUAUGUAUUGUGGCAUUUUUAAACAAGUUUGCUGUACCUGUUGCUCAUUCUUCAGCAGGGAAAAGGCAGUCUUACCAGUUUUAAACCAACCGCUGAAGGUGAUGGGCUGUCAAGGAGCCAGUGUUAAGAUUUCAAUUUCAUAGUGUUUCCCAUUCAACAUUUCUUACUGUAGCAAAUAAAGAAGUGGUUGAUAGCCAGCCAGCAGUGGCAGCUGUGGUCGAGGCUUUGGGAAGGUUGGAAGUCAGUAGGCUUGCCAGGCUUUGCAUUGCUUCUUACUUCUUAGUGGAUGAUCCUUACUGACCGUCGUUGUUCAGGUUUGAAAUGCAGCGUGCCUGCAGAUGG